AUUUCUAUAAAAAUUGUCUGUUCUCGAAAAAAAAAUCCAAAAACCGUUAAGUAGUUCAUAAUAAUAAAUGCAAAAAGGCUAGCAAACAAACUCAACAAGGCAGUUAAUUCAGACAAUUGAGAAAACAGCUAAAACAAAAAUAAAAAAACACUACAAUCGCAAUAGAGCAAAGAAAAUUUUCAAUAACAGAAGCGAAGGCAGCUGAAAGCGACUAAAAUUUGUUUAUCAACAACAAAAGGUGCUUAUUUGCAUGUUUGAGCGCAGAGCAAUUGCCCAACUGAAUAUUUUUCAUGGUGCUUUUGGAAUUUUCAAAGUCUGUGUGUGCAUGAAAAGUGAAGUUUAAAUUAGCGGCGUAACUAUGAAAAAUUUAAAUAUUUAAGUGCUGCUAAUAAAGCCUAAUAAACGCGCAUACAGCGCAAAUACUUGUAGAUUUGACGAAUUUGGUGCAAAGCACUCGUCGACUUCACAUAGCGGUAGGCGCGCACAUACACGCUUACAAAUAGUCAAUUGGUGCUAGCCGCUUGUGGGCUAAGCGUCUGACUCACAGCUACCGUUAAAAGCCCUGCGUCGUGACAGACGCGCACAACGCUCGCGACGCGCUCAACCAAGCUCAGUACAUUUCACAGCAAUACGCUUGACUUCAGUUCAGCUCAGCUAUGCUCGGUGCGCGCUUCACUCGUGUGCGUUUCAAAGUCAUGCGCGCUUGUUAAGCGGGCAAUUAGUUGUUGGCUUAUCGCACAGAUAACGUGUACGCCGUGAAACGCGUUGCACUACUCACAUGCCAGUACAAAAACAAAGUGGUUCUAAACAAUAUCCAACUAUUCGUAGUUACGUAGAAAAAUUUGUGUAAGUUGAGUCCACUACUCGACUUGCUUCACUGCUUGUCAGUGGGGCUGAUAUCUAAACUGCAACGCCCGCACGUCAAUGUUCUCACCGUGUAAAGCGUCGUGGUGUCGCCUCGCCGUUUGGCUCGUCGCAGGUGGUAUUCUCUUGUCGGUUUUGUUGGUGGUCGUCGGUUUGGCCAUAUUCGGUAGUCACCCAUGCACAGGCGUGCUGGAGCAUUGCGAUGAGUUUAAAGCUGUUUGCGCCUCAUAUAACGGUGACCAUCAGUUCUUCUACAGUCAAUGUGAUAUGCUGCGCGAGAAUUGUUUGACCGGCAGCGAUUGGCAACGAGAUCACUACAAUCAUUGCAAUGUGCAUGUUUAGUCACCGGCUUCGUUCUAAGUUCCUUGAACAGAAGGCAAGCCAUACGUAGUAGUUCGGUAUUUAGAUAUAAAUAUAGAUGUACGAUUAUGUAAUUAGGACAAAUUCAUACCAUUGUGCUCAUCCCAAAGAAUAGAG